AACAAGAAAGAUACGGCGGGGUUGAUGGGCCAUCACUCAGCUCGCACGGUACCACUUCAGACUCAUUCACUCUGCGUCUGACUUGCACUUGGCGGUGGCAAAUAGUUUGAACGAAGUGUCCGUCGACUGUCUGGCUGGUCUUUCCCAGGAGAGAACAAGGAUUCGGGAGGAAGUCGAAGCCAAACUUCCACGCAAAUAAAUAAUUGCAGAAUCUGAUAUUUUUUGAAUUUUCCUUUGUGGGAUCGAUCAGAUAUCUAGCAGCAAUACUUUGGUAGUACCGGUAGUAGUAGAGUUGUUUUAGAUGUAUCUGUAGUAGUAGUUACACUGAGUCAGUCGCUGGAACUGUUUGCCAUUCCCAAUCUUGCAAUGGCUGAUUCUGACACGCCCGUGCCCGAGGACGUUGGUUCAGCGUUGCCUAUUGGCGUAUGGGAUGUGCUGUUACUAGUGGCCUUCGGUGGAUUCCUAGUUUACUAUUUCUUCGUCCACAAGCGAUCAAGCGACGAGGAGAAAAUUCGCCAUUUCAAAUCGAGCGCUCAAAAGGACCAAAGCACCGAUGCUCAUUUGUACGCGAACUUCAUCGACAAGAUGAAGGCCAAGGACCAAAAAGUUGCCAUCUUCUACGGUUCUCAAACGGGUACGGCUGGCGACUUUGCUUCGCGACUACUGAAGGAUCUCCGCCGCAUGGGCAUCAGCUCGACGCUUUUGGAUCCCGAGGACCACGACAUGAAACUGUUGUCCAACUUGAAGGACAUUGAGGAUCAUUUGGCUAUCUUCGUCGUGGCUACGUAUGGCGAGGGUGACCCAACGGACAAUGCCCGUGGACUGUUUGACUUCCUGACCGAGGCCGAGACCGACGAGCCCAUCAUGGAGGGCUUGCGUUUCACGGUGUUUAGCCUUGGUAACAAAACGUACGAACAUUACAACUUAAUGGGACGGUUUGUUGACAAGAAGAUGCGGGAGUUGGGUGGUGAUCUGUUCUUUCGACGUGGAGAGGGUGAUGACGAUGCUAACAUUGAAGAUGACUUCCUGGCAUGGCGCGAGGAGUUCCUGGACUUCAUGCGUGAGAAGUACAACAUCACUGCCGAACACGUUGGACAACUACGUGAAUAUGAGCAGAUCGUGCACGACCCAGCACCGGCGUACUCCUUCAUCGGCGAGCCACACAAACUGGGCUCGUUCCGCACACAGAGGCCUCCGUUCAGCAACAAGAACCCGUACAUUGGCAAGAUCACGGCCCACCGAGAGCUGCACACGGGCGGUGAUCGGUCGUGUAUGCACAUCGAGCUGGAUAUCAAGGAUGCAAAGAUCAAGUACUCUCCAGGUGACCACGUCGCUGUUCAGCCAGUGAACAACACAAGGAUGGUGGAGCAGAUUGGGGAGCGUCUCAAUAUUGACCUGGAUACGAUUGUAUCCCUGACUGCAACAGAAGACUCCUGCGCCAGCAAGGUGAAUCCGUUCCCGUGCCCCAGCUCGUACCGCACUAUACUUUCCCACUAUGUCGACAUCUGUGCCCUGCCACGUACCAAUUUCCUGGAGAGCAUGAUCGAAUACUGCACGGAGGAUUCGGACAAACAGGAGCUGUUGCGUGUGACUGCAUCGGGCGAUGCUGGCCGUGCGGCCUACAACGAUUUCAUUCGAGUUUCCGGCCGAGAUGUGCUGGAUGUCCUAACCGCUCUCCCAUCUCUCAUGCCGCCUAUUGACCUGGUGUUGGAAAUGCUGCCGCGUUUGCAAGUCCGAUAUUACUCCAUCUCCUCGUCUCUCAGGGUGUGUGAUAACAGCAUCCACAUCACGGCAUCAACGCACGACUACAUCACCCAGACUGGUCGCCAUGGCAGCGGUGUCACUACCUCCUGGCUCCGCAGCCUACAAGGCAAAGUGGGAACAGAUGAAGCCCGUAUUCCGGUGUACAUUCGCAAGUCAACACUUCGACCGCCGUUGCGUUGUGCAAUUCCCAUCAUCAUGGUGGGACCGGGAACUGGCGUGGCGCCGUUCCGUGCGUUCAUUCAGGAUCGGCACGCGUUGAAAGAGUCUGGUAAAAUGGUUGGUGAAACUCGCCUCUACUUUGGCUGCCGUCACAAGUCCGAAGACUUCCUGUAUCAGGAGGAAAUGGAGUCGUACGUGGAGAAGGACUCCUUGAACCUGCGCGUUGCUUACUCUCGAGACCAGCCGGAGAAGAUCUAUGUAUCCGACUUGCUGAACGAGGACGGUGCUGAGGUGUGGGAUUUGUUGAAUAGGCAACACGCUCACUUCUACGUCUGCGGUGAUGCGAAGGCAAUGGCCAAGGAUGUGCACCUGAUGCUGCUCAAGAUCAUUCAGCAGCAUGGCGAGAGGUCGCUGCCGGACGCCGAGAAGUUUGUGAAGAGCUUGAAGCAGCGUGGCCACUACGUGGUGGAUGCUUGGAGCUAAGAGCGCAUCGCCUUACCUUGUGACACUGGCAUCAUGACCGACUUCCUCUCUCUGCAUUGCUUUAUCUCGGGUAGUCUUCCGCUAUUGUCUUUUGAGUCCUAGACGACAAGUAUUGCCAUGGUAUGGCCAAGAUCAAAUGUUCGGGUUUCUUGGUUUGGGAUUUCUCUCUCUCUCUCUCCGCUUUUGAUCUUUUCUUAACCGACUUUUUAGCUGCUGUGCUUUCCGCCACGAUGGACUUUUUCUCCAAGACAACCUUAGAAAUCUUAUUAGCCCCCCCCCCCCCCCCCACCCCAUCCCUCCCCUCCUCGCGCAUGCGCGCGGUGCAUUCUUUGCUGGCAACGUUUCCCCGUGUGAUUCUAAUUAUGAGCCCAGAUCACCUCGAUAGUUAUAAUCGUAGCUCCUGCCCUUUGUGGUUUUAGUUCAUGUUUGAAAUGGUAUUGCACCAGUAUUUUCGUUGCUGUCAUUUUAGUCUCCGUCUAGUUUUCGCUUGCAUUGCUCAGUUAGCUGCGAGGGGGGAACCCCCUCGGAGUAGUCUUCA